AUGGAAACUGACGGGCAACAACGACGGAAAGCCGCCUUGCUCAAGGAAGAAGUCAAACGCAAAGCAGCAAUGAGGAGGGAGAAGUUCAACAAGUCCACGAGCCGAGUUGCGCAGGAAGACACUAUGCAUCAGUUCAACAUCAUUCCCGAUAUUGUGGUAUCGAAGGAUACAUUGUCCAUCGACCUCGUGGGUUCUGUCGUACCAAACAAUCAGUCAUCGGCCUCAACAAGCAUUUCGGCAUCUCCCACUGUCCCCGCGCCAUUUCCUUUUUCCCUGCUACCUAACGCUCUACAACACUAUCACUACUCGCAAACCGUAGGGCCAUCCUCACCCAUCGAAGCAGACUUCAUCAACAAAUACAUCAGCUUUGCGUUCCCAGCACUAUUCCCCUUCUACCGACCUUCCCUCUUCCACACAGGCCGGAGCUGGCUCCUACAAUUACUUGGGAAGAGCCACAUCGCACACCAUGCCGCGCUCAGCAUAUCGUGCUACUUCUUGACCAUGGCGCUCGUCGACCUGGAGGGUACUUCUGGCGAUCAUGCGGACUGUAGACUGUUGCGGUGGGAUGAAGUCGAGCAAUAUACUCAAAAUUGUUUCGAUAGCAUGAGAACGAAUAUACUAACUCUCGAUCUGAACACACAAGGAACAGAGCAGAUAGUAAGAGUCGAAGCCUUGGAGAACGUAGUUCAUCUCCUCAUCUUCGAGAUGGUUUUGGGCCAUGCCGCCCCUUGGAACUCCCAUCUCCCUCCUGCAUAUGCUUUGCUCAGGGAUAUCAUGACCUGCGAUAGCUCGUCCCGCGAAGGUCACAUGCAGUCUACACUCACAACAGCCCUUCUAGAAAUCGAGCUCCCGCUAUGGACUAACCCCACCGAUGGCACUCACAUCUGGUCGCCCUCGCAAGCUGGGUUCAGAUUUUGUGCAGCGUUCCUGAUCUUCAUCGAUAUCAUAGCAAGUAUUACUCUCCAAGAACCCCCAACGCUUCGUUCUUAUCAUGCGAAACUCCUCGCUGAGAUAGACGACGGAAUCAGUCUCCCCAGCGAUGUCGAGAUUCACCUCUCCACUGUCAUUGGAUGCCGCAAUGGCAUCAUGCGGUCCAUUGCCGAAAUAUCGAUGCUAAACAGUUGGAAAAAUGAACAGGUCUCUACCAACAGCUUGAAUGUCAUGGACCUUGUUGAUCGCGCCUCGCACAUCGCCCAUUCUCUCAAAAGCGACGUCUUUGGUAUCCAAAACGAGAAUACCACGAGAUUUGUACCUCAUUCUCACCUUGGUGGACCGCUUGAUACAGCUCCCAACCCCUCAGCGUCUUCAAUGUCAACGCUGAUAUGGGCUCAUGCAGCACAACUGUACCUUACAGUUGUGGUAUCUGGUUGGCAGUUGUCCAGUCUGGAUAUCAGGACCAACGUUGCCGAAAUUAUCGUAUUGCUCAAAGACGUCCCGCCGUACCAGCUGCGCACUCUCGUUUGGCCGAUAUGCGUCGCGGGCUGUUUGGCACUGGAGGAAGAGGAGCCAUUCUUCUUGGGGCUUCUCGCAGGCCUAGGCAAGGUUCAUACAGCUGGGGCAUUGGAUGACGCACGCCAGAUCAUGGAGAAGGUGUGGCAGAGAAGAGGGUUUCUGAGAAUGACGAACUGGGAUCUGGCGUCUUGUUUCAGCAUUUUGGGGUUACCAGUCCUACUAGUCUAG